GACCAUAUUUAUAGACGAUGAAGAUGUGAAUAAGAGUGAGAAAGAAGGUAGAAAGAAAAAAGGGACGUGAGAUAGAGAAGAAAGCCGUACAAAAAUGGAGACAGAGAAGAGAGAAGAGAGAAGAUUUAAUCAGAAAUAUAGACAAAGGAAAAGGGUGAAGUUGCAGAGGGGAGAGAGGGGCAGUUCGGAUUGAGAAUAAGUAUGAAAAGCACGAGUCAUAAGAAGAACAAUAAAUGAGAAGGGUUGAUGAGAAGGCUUAUGAUAAGCCUCAUCAUCGUCACGUCGUUUUUCUUUUGCUUCUCCCAAUAAUCCUCUCCCAGAAUUCCACGCUUCUUCUUCUUCUUCUUCUUUCUUUCUUUUAAAUUCUUUUUCUCUUUCUUUCUCACCUUUCUUUCUCUAGUCAACCUCAUGCCUCUUCUCGCUUUUGUUCCUUAUUGAACCAACAACAACAUUACUUUCUCCUUAUUUCAUCUCCUCUCUCUCGAUUCUUCUCAUUUCUCACAUUUCCUUGUUGGGUUUGAUGAGAGCGAUGUGGAUGAUGGGUUAUAGUGAUGGCGGUGACUUCAACAUGGCUGACUCCUUCAAUGGCCGCAAACUUAGACCUCUCGUUCCCAGACCUGUCUCUUCUACUAACAACUCUUCCACCAUUUCCCGUUUCCAUGGCGACGAUAUCUUUUCUUUAAACCAUCAUCUUGGUUCUACUUUUGGUGAUCAAAACAAGCUGAUGGAGUUCAAUACGCCUCCGGUUGUGGUGAGUUCGAGGUGGAAUCCGACGCCUGAGCAGUUGAGAACGUUGGAAGAAUUGUAUCAGCGGGGAACUCGAACACCAUCCGCCGACCAAAUUCAACAUAUUACAACACAGCUUCGUCGGUAUGGGAAGAUUGAAGGGAAGAAUGUUUUCUAUUGGUUUCAAAAUCACAAGGCAAGAGAACGCCAAAAACGAAGACGUCAGAUGGAAUCAUCAGACCCUGAUCAUCAUGAACACAAUAAUCAUCAUCAUCAUGAUAUAGAAAUCAUUGAAAGGAAAGAUGCAGGAGCAAGCAAGACAGCAGGAUAUCAAGUUAUUGAACAGAACAAAAACAACUGGCUACCCUCCUCUACAAACUGCAGUAGUCUAGCAGAGGAGCCUGUUUCAAUGCAAAGAGCUGCAAAAGCAGCAGCAUUGGCAGACUGUAGAGCAGCAGGAGGCUCAUGUGGAUGGAUUCAUUUGGAAGAAGAGGAAUUACAGCAAAGAAGAAGCUUUGUAGAAAGGAAUGCCACAUGGCAGAUGAUGCACUUGUCUUCUCCUUCUCCUUUUAUGAACACAACUUCUUCUACGACUAAAACUCUUUCAGCUUUAAGAACUCUGGACCCAGCAAAACAUUCCAUUAAACCUCAUCAUGACCUUAACGUCUUUAUAGCUCCAAACUACAAAGAAAAUGGCCAUGGCCAUGGCUUUAACUGCUUAAAUGCUCUCACAAAUGAAGAAGAAGAAGAAGAUGGGUGUGGAGAGUCGCACACACUUGAAUUGUUUCCUCUUCGAUGUGGGGACGACAGUGAAAGCAAUUUAGAAAAGGGAACCGGUAUGUCGGCUGCUGAUAUUGAUGCCAACUUCACUCCUUACCAGUUCUUUGAAUUUCUGCCAUUGAAGAAUUAAUUAACGGAGUCAAUGGAAUUAAAAGUAGUACUUUAAAUUCCCUUUUUUAUGUGUGUAAGACUGAAAUAUGUUUAGAUAAUUUUUUCUUUUGGUUAAAAUUGAGACAACUUUUUAUCUUCUUUUUA